AAGAAUGGCGGACAACUCCAUCCACAAAACUGCCUUCCCAACUCGGUACGGAUCGUACGAGUAUUUGGUAAUGCCAUUUGGACUCACCAACGCACCGGCAACGUUCCAAGCCAAAAUGAACCACAUUCUAUGCCCACUCUUGGACGAGUGCAUGGUGGUGUACUUGGACGACAUCCUCAUCUACUCGCACGACAUGAAGCAGCACGUCGAACACCUGCGACGCGUCUUCGAAAUUCUUCGACGCGAACGAUUCUACGCCAAACUGUCCAAGAGCGAAUUUUCCCUCGAGAAAGUCCAAUUCCUAGGACACAUGGUGAGCGCUCAAGGAGUUCACGUCGACCCCAAGAAGAUUGAAGCCAAGAAGGCGGGACUCUUACAGCCUCUUCCUGUCCCAGAACAACCAUGGCAAGUGGUUAGCCUGGACUUCAUCACCAGGUUACCACCUACCACCAGAGGUCAUGAAGCAAUCCUUGUCGUCAUCGACAAAUUCUCCAAAAUGGGACACUUCAUUCCGACACACAUGACAGCACGCACCAAAGAAACAGCACAACUCUUCGUUCGAUACAUCAUCUCACAUCAUGGCAUUCCAACCACACUCAUCUCCGACCGAGACCCCAAGUUCACCAGCAAGUUCUGGAAGGAACUGAUGUCUCUGCUCGGAACCAAACUCGCCAUGUCAUCCGCCUACCAUCCGCAGACAGACGAACAGACCGAGCGCCUUAACCAGAUUGUUGAGCAACUCCUCCGAGCGGCCUGCAAGGACAAGAUCUCCAAAUGGGACUUGCACAUGCCCGUUCUAGAGUUUGCUUACAACAACGCUACACAUGCCGCUACCGGACAGACGCCGUUCUUCCUCUGCUACGGACGCCACCCACUCACACCACGGAAACCGACACCAUCAGCAACAGUCCAACCUGCACACGACUUCAUCACAACCAUGCAUCAGCUUUGGGAUCGGACCCACAAGCGCCUACUUAACAUUCAGCAGCAACAGAAGCGCCAGGCCGAUCGCCAUCGCAAUGACCACACCGUCACUGUGGGAGACCAGGUGCUCCUUGACACCCGCAACCUUGACAUCAGCCAUCUCCCAUCUAAGCUUCGACCUUGCUUCUGCGGGCCUUUCCUCGUUGAAGCACAGGUCACUCCUGUUAGCUUCCGCUUACGCCUACCAGCUACCUGGAAAAUUCACAACACCUUCCAUGUCCAACUUCUGAAGCCCUAUCGGGAUCCGAACACGGUCUUCAUCGGACGCCAACCACCACCGCCGCCGCCCGUCCUUGUCCAGCAUGAACUCGAGUACGAGGUCGAGUCUGUGUUUGCACACCGCCGUUGUCGGAAUGGCACCGUGGAGCUUCUUAUUCGUUGGAAGGGUUAUGAUCCUUCUGAGGAUAGCUGGUAGUCUCAAACCAGCCGCCAUAGU